AUGAUGAUGAUUAACGAAAAAAUAAUAGCAAACCAUUCCUUGCAGGAGGAUUUAGCAAGUUCACUACCAACCUGUAAUGAGUCAUUUGGUAGUCUUUCACGAUCGGUGCGCAUGAAGCGUUCUGUAUCGUCAUUGAAGCCUUCGCUUGGCGGUCAACGCUGUGACAUUACCAACGAAAAUCAGUGUAUUGUUGAGGCGAAGCAGAUUGAAAUUGAUUUCGCAUCAAUAACGUCCAAGCCUUUCAUGGUACGUAUAAGUGCACCGAAUGGUGAGGUAAGCAGCCUGCUGCAAUUCCCCAGCUAUGGCUGCUCGAACUAUUUUUGUCCAAAAAUGCCCGGAUGUGGUCACGGCAUGUGGACAUUUGAGGUUAUCGAAGAGAAUGGAUCUCGAAUCGUAACAAUCGCAUCGCAAACGAUGUAUUUGGACGGAGUCGGUUCGCUCUUCUUCACUGUGGCCGAUGACUUUCGACCACGUCUUUCAUCUCAAGAAUUUCUUCGUCUACCCUCAGCAAGCCGAUGCUGCGGCAAGCAAAGACUUCUUGAGCAGUCAUGCUGA